AUGGUUUCAAUCUCUCAAAGAAUCAAGGGCAACAUUUUGCUCCUCUCCGUGGCUGCUCACGGUGUCUCUGCGGCCUAUGGCGGCUUCUCCUCGCUGAAGACCUUGUUCACUUUCGGUGAUUCUUACACUAGAACACGAUUCAUUCUGACCAACGCUCAGCCGUCCUCGGCGAACCCUUUCGGCAACCCAAGCUACCCCGGCCCGACUAGCGCCAACGGCGAGAACUGGAUCCAAUACCUGACGACGAAGUACAACGAAUCCCUACUUCUGACUUACAACUUCGCAUACAGCGGAGCAACCCUUGAUGCCGAUAUAGUCGACUCCGGCGUGGACGUUGUCAAUCAGAUUGACGAUCAGUUUCUUCCCUACUACAGCGGCAGCAAUCAGACCUGGGACCCUGCGACCACGCUCUUCGGAUUUUGGAUCGGAAUCAACGACAUUGGCAAGUCUUACACUGACGGUAACGCUACUGUGCGUCAUCCUGUAAUCUUCGAACGGUACGAGGCGUUGCUGGAGAAGAUGUACGACGCAGGAGCAAGGAACUACCUGUUUCUCAACGUCCCACCGUUAGAACGGAUGCCGAGAACCACGCAGUCAAGCGCUGCUGCCACGCGUAUCCCACUCGAGAAAGCAGCCGUCGAGGAUUGGAACGGACGCCUUCGUGUUCUUGCGCGAGACUGGAGGCAAGCCCACAGUGACGUGACUGUUUUUCAGUACGAUACCUACGGGCUCUUUGACAGGGUCAUUGAUACCCCUGAGCGAUACAAGGAGACAGCUGUGUACAAGAAUACUACAACAUACUGCUCCGCUUACCAGAAGUAA